GACCGUCAUGGCCUCACUCUCGAGCAUUCCAUAUCCUCGCCAUGCGCCUCCGCCUCCUCCUCCUCCUCCUCCGAUUCCUCUACGCCAAUGCAAAACCCAUCGCGCGAGGCCCAUCCGCGCGUCGUCCUCCGCCUCCGAUGGCGCGGGCGAACUGUCCCUGACUGACGGAGCGCGGCGGAGGUGGAGCGAGGCGGUCGACUCGGAGAAGCUGAAGGAGAGAGAGGCUAGAGAGAGAAAGGAGGAGGUCAACCGGAAGAUCGCGUCGCAGAAGGCGAUAUCGGUGAUCCUGAGGAGGGAGGCCACCAAGGCCCUGAUCGAGAAGAAGCGCGGGCCGACCAACUCGCGGAAGCUGCUCCCGAGGACUGUCCUCGAGGCUCUCCACGAGAGGAUCACGGCUCUGCGCUGGGAGUCGGCGCUCAAGAUGAAGAGCACCAGAGGCUGUCAGCCAGAUGUCCAUACCUAUUCUAUCCUUGUAAAAUCAUGCCUGCAAGUUUUUGCAUUUGAUAAAGUGCAGGAUUUGCUUUCUGAUAUGGAAGCUGAAGGCAUUAGACCCAACACGAUCACUUACAAUACCCUAAUUGAUUCUUAUGGGAAAGCAAAAAUGUUUGCGGAGAUGGAAUCAAGAAUAGCAGAAAUGCUACAUCAACCAGACUGCGAGCCUGAUGUUUGGACCAUGAACUCUACACUUAGAGCCUUUCGCAGCAGUGGACAAAUAGGAACCAUGGAGAAGUGUUAUGAGAAGUUUCAGAGUGCAGGAAUACAGCCCAAUAUUAGAACAUUCAAUAUUCUUCUGGAUUCAUAUGCAAAAGCUGGAAAUUAUGAGAAAAUGAGUGUGGUGAUGGAAUACAUGCAGAAGUACCAAUACUCCUGGACGAGUGUGACAUACAAUGUUCUGAUAGACGCAUUUGGGAGGGCUGGGAAUUUAAAACAGAUGGAACAUGUGUUUAGGCUAAUGCUGUCAGAGAGGAUUAAGCCAAACUGCGUCACACUUUGUUCACUUGUAAGAGCAUAUGGACAAGCUGGGAAAGCUGAUAAAAUUAAAGGUGUUUUGCGGUUUAUAGAUAAUUCAGAUGUAAUGCUAGAUACAGUGUUUUUUAAUUGCUUAGUGGAUGCUUUUGGGAGGAUGGAAUGCUUUGCAGAGAUGAAGGAUGCGCUUGAGAUGAUGAAGCAAAAAGGAUGUAAACCAGACAAAAUUACAUAUAGAACCAUGGUUAAAGCCUAUUCAAACAGUGGAAUGAUGAGCCAUGUGAAGGAACUACAAGCUCUCUUUGAAUCGGGGUGGAAAAGUUCAACAGAAGAUGGAGAAGUCUAGCUUACAGUGAGAAAUUUUCAGAGUUUCACUGAAGCAUAAAACUGCAUCAUGAAAGUAAAGUUGAUCUUGGAGUAGCAGCUGUGGAGUGCUUCUCCAGUUUCUGCACAAUUUUAAGGCACAUCAAGCUUCCGCAAUUGAUCUGCUUCUUGGAUUGUUCUCGAUGACGGCUUAAUUUAUUUCUUACAAGACCUUUUAUGUAAGAGAGUGUUCAAAUCUAUUAUUGGAUUUGGGUCCUUAUCAGAACAGAGAGAAGUGCAGUCGAUUUUGCUCAAGAGACAGAGCGGAACAAGCGGAGACACUCUAAAAUAGCCUUGAGAUAGCUAUGGAGAGCACUGAUCAGACAACACCGUAUGUGCAGCCAUGGUAACUCAUUCGUUGCAGCUAUAGGCAGUUAUAGCCUACUCUUUGAGGCAUUUUUGGAUAAAAAUCUGAGCAACUGAAAGGCGAAAAUCUUAUACUUUCUGUGGUAAAUAUCACAAGAAGUUUUGAUGGAAAUGAAGCAUCUUGCCCGGUCAUACCAGAUGAUGCACACUCCUAACUUCUAAACUUUGGGAUCUCCACUGACUCUGGAAAAGAGAAAUCACAUGAAGGUUGUUCGUUCUUUAUGAGGCAUGAGACUUUUAUAUCAUCUUACAAGUUAUUUUGUACUGUGUCUCGCAUUUGGUCAAAAUGCUGGUGCAAAACAUUUAAAGCAUUUGACAGGUUCUAGUGUAACCGUUGAUUCGAAUCUCAGUAGCCCUGGAACUGAACUUGAUGAAAGACUCGAUAAGAUAUGAAGACAUAUUGGUCGUGUUAUCUCCAAAUGUUUUCCUAAAUUGGAGGAGCGUCACCCCGCCUACACCGAAGGGAUUUUUCUUUAAUGUGAUUCGGCACCAGUGAGAUGCGUACGUGACGCUUUGACUAGAGGGAUUUGGGUCGAGUGAUCUUAUGACACUUCUCCAGACAGAAAAGGAGCGCUCAAUUAGAUAGUAAGGCCAGUUUGUUUAGACUUUUCUUAGUAAAAUGUUUGAGAGAAUUGUCCAAAAAGUUUUAAACUUAUUAUACGGUGAUCAAUUCAGUCAUAAAUCU